CCGCCGAGCCUCCGAGGGCGCGGCAGUCGACACUCCACCGGCACAGGCAGACAACCACUCGGCUCUUCUUUAAAAUAUAUAUUCAGCAUGAACGUAACUCGGCUGAUCCCCAAGGUUAGGACCCUGCAGGUCGUUCUGCGCCGCAACCUUGGUGCUUCUUCAGUGUUGCUGAAGACAUCUGAUCCCAUCCAGCAGCUGUUUGUUGACAAAAUCCAGGAGUACAGCAAGAAGAGCAAGGCUUCAGGUGGCAAGCUGGUGGAUAUGACCCCCGAGGUAGAAAGGCAGCUGCAGCAGGAGCUGGACAAAGUUGCCCGUCAGUAUGGUGGUGGUCCAGGCGUUGACAUGACCAAGUUCCCUACCUUCACCUUCCAGGAUCCCAAGAUUGAUCCUCUCAACUAAAUCUACAACAGAUUUUCUACCUUCCCUACUGUAAAAAGGCUUAUUUGUACAAGAGAAUGUCAACACUGAUAUGUUAAUAAAAAUAUCGUAGGUUA